UAUGGAUAAAAUGAAAAUGGAAAUAAGGCAAAAUAAAAUUUGGGUGUCGAUUGACGAGACAUGUGACGUAGAAGAACGGUUUAUUGCCAAUGUUAUAGUUGAAAUUCUAAAACCCGAUUGUCCAGAACGCAUGUUUUUACUUCAUUCAGAAGAACUAGACAAAGCAAAUCAUUCAACUAUCUGCAAGCUGCUUGAAAAAGCUAUGGGAAUAAUAUGGCCUGGUGAUAUACAGUAUAAUAAUGUCUUGUUAUUUUUAUCUGACGCCGCUCCCUAUAUGGUGAAGGCAGGUACUGUUCUGAAAAAUAUUUAUACAAAAAUGAUACACGUAACUUGUUGUGCUCAUGGACUUCAUAGAAUCGCUGAAGAAAUCCGUGGACAAUUUGGAACGGUAGACGAACUAAUAUCUAAUAUUAAAAAAAUAUUUCGAAAAGUACCUUAUCGUGUUGAAAUCUUUAAAUCUGAAGCUCCUGGUAUAAAACCACCCCCUGAACCAGUUAUUACCCGUUGGGGCUCUUGGAUAGAGGGUGCAAUUUACUAUUGCGAACAUUUUAGAACAAUUUGUCACGUAGUAAGUUGUCUAGAUGAAAACGACGCAGACAGCAUUAAAAAAGCAAAACUGUGCAUUGUAAAAUCGGGUUUAGAAGCCGAUUUGGCAUAUAUAAAAAGUAAUUUUGAAGUUCUUACUAAAUCCAUUAUAGAACUGCAAACAAAAAAUGUUUCAUUGUCUGGUUCACUUGCUGUGGUUGAAAAUGUGAAACAGAAAUUUUCUUUGUUAAAAGGCAUUUGUGGAAAACUAGUUCUAACUAAACUGCAAAAAGUUUUUGAAAAAAAUAAUAGCUUAAGGAUUUUAGAAAAAAUAUCAAAAAUACUUGACGGUGAAAAUGAUAGUAAUUUAGAUGACUUCAGUGAAUUUCCAGAUGACUACUCCAGCGAUGAUAUUGUAUACUUUAAAUAUGCGCCUAUUACAUCAGUAGAUGUCGAACGGUCAUUUUCGGCAUAUAAAACCAUAUUAUCUAACAACAGGAGGUCAUUUGUAUUUGAAAACCUCAGAAAACAUUUGAUCAUUCAAUGCGAUAAUGACGAAAAUCCAUAAAAUCCUCAGUCUUGAAAAUGAAGUC